CACCAUCUGGCUUUUACCCAACACAUCAUCAGAUUGUUCUCAUCUGGUGUUUGCACCGGAGUGCAUUUGCCCGUGCUGUUUACAGCAUGUAAGGACUUACGUUUCAUGGGUAUCUUGUUGGAGAAGGAGAAUACUCUUAAGAAGCAGUCGUUCAACUAUUAUUCGGAAGACGAGUCCAUGGAACAGGAGAAUAGUUUACACGUUGUUGCUCGUGUAGUGAACCGUGCUUUCACUGUGUGCAUCAAUGAUCGAGCACCUUUAGCAACGUCUCGUAAAUGGGGUGCAUUUUACAUUAUGGGCUUGCUUUUUAAAAUGUACUUACGACUCAACUGUAUUCACUUGACAAAAAAUGUUCUCCGAGCUAUGAAGGUGGUGGAUUUGCCCGACAUCACACAUUUUCCAAAAUCUCAUAUCGUCAUGUUUCGUUAUUACAUGGGUAUUGUGAACUUUCUAAACCAGGACUACUCUACAGCAGACCAAGAGUUAGACACUGCGUUUCAUUUGUGCCACAAGACAUAUACUCGUAAUCUGGAGCUGAUACUUGCUUUUUGGAUCCCAUCAAGAAUACUUUCUCGGCACAUGUUCCCCACCCAAAAACUUCUCUCCCGGUUUCCAUCCAUGGCAGCCGUUUAUGUGCCUCUGUGCCAACACAUUCGGUCAGGAAACCUUCGGGCCUUUGACGAUUGUUUAAAAAAAAAUGAAGCGCUUUUAGCUAAGACGCGCACGUUUAUUGCUCUUGAAAAAAUUCGUGAACUUUGCUUGCGCAAUCUGUUCCGAAAGGUAUGGCUCAUGUGUGGAAAGAGCACUCGUAUUCCCAUCGAGUGUUAUCAAAUGGCCAUUUGCCAUGCUAAGCAACAGGAAGUUCCCUUGUUGCGCGUGGAGACAUUGAUUGCAAACCUUAUUUAUAGAGGUUAUAUAAAGGGUUACCUGUCCCAUGAUAGAUCAAUGUCAGUCCUGUCUGCCAAAGACCCAUUCCCCAUUACUGUGCCGGUCCGAAUGUAA